GUUGGAAAUCUUCAUUCGGGAUCGUUUGUAGGAAAAUCAGACCAGAUUUGGCCGUGAUUAUGGCUUCAGUGAAGGUAACUGUGGGAUCACAUGUCUGGGUGGAAGAUCCAGAUGAAGCCUGGCUAGAUGGAGAAGUAGUGGAAGUCAAUGGUCAAGAGAUCAAAGUUAAUUGCCAAACCAAGACGGUUGUGGUAAAGGUUAAUGCUGUCCACCCCAAAGAUCCUGAGUUUCCUGAACUUGGCGUGGACGACAUGACAAAGCUUGCGUAUUUGCAUGAACCAGGGGUUCUUCUCAAUCUAAAAGCCAGAUACAAUGCAAAUGAAAUAUAUACAUACACAGGGAAUAUACUGAUAGCUGUGAACCCCUUUAAAAGAUUACCCCACCUAUAUGGAAAUGAGAUAAUGGAGCAAUAUAAGGGUACAGAUUUUGGCGAGUUAAGCCCACAUCCUUUUGCAGUUGCUGAUUCUGCAUACAGAAAAAUGAUCAACGAGGGAGUAAGCCAGGCGAUCUUGGUGAGUGGAGAAAGUGGUGCUGGGAAGACAGAGAGCACAAAGAUGCUCAUGCAAUAUCUUGCAUACAUGGGUGGAAAAGCUGAGAGUGAAGGACGAUCUGUAGAACAGCAAGUGUUGGAGUCAAAUCCAGUUUUAGAAGCUUUUGGUAAUGCAAAAACCGUCAGAAACAAUAAUUCAAGUCGUUUUGGUAAAUUUGUGGAGAUUCAGUUCAAUCAUAUGGGAAGAAUUUCAGGAGCUGCUAUUAGAACAUAUUUGCUGGAGAGGUCACGAGUUUGUCAAGUUUCUGAUCCUGAAAGAAACUAUCAUUGCUUUUACAUGCUUUGCGCUGCGCCAGAACAGGAAACUGAGCGGUAUAAGUUAGGGAAACCAAGCACAUUUCACUACCUAAAUCAAUCGAAUUGCCAUGCAUUGGAUGCACUUGAUGAUUCCAAAGAAUACCUAGCUACGAGGAAAGCUAUGGACGUUGUUGGGAUUAGUCCUGAAGAACAGGAUGCAAUCUUUCGGGUAGUUGCUGCUAUCCUUCAUCUAGGAAACAUUGAGUUUGCAAAGAGCGAAGAAUCAGAUGCUGCAGAACCUAAGGACGAUAAAUCCCGGUUCCAUCUAAAAGUGGCUGCAGAACUUUUCAUGUGUGAUGAGAAAGCUCUAGAGAACUCCUUGUGCAAUAGGGUGAUGGUGACUCGUGGUGAAAGCAUUACAAAGCCUCUUGAUCCCGGUAGUGCAGCACUAAGCAGAGAUGCUCUUGCCAAGAUUGUCUAUUCUAAAUUGUUUGAUUGGCUUGUGACUAAGAUCAAUAAUUCCAUUGGCCAAGACCCAAGUUCUAAGUACAUAAUUGGAGUCCUGGAUAUUUAUGGAUUCGAGAGUUUCAAGACAAACAGUUUUGAACAGUUUUGUAUAAACCUGACAAACGAGAAGCUGCAGCAGCAUUUCAAUCAGCAUGUGUUUAAGAUGGAGCAAGAAGAAUAUACUAAAGAAGAGAUUGAUUGGAGUUACAUAGAGUUCAUUGAUAAUCAAGAUGUCCUUGACCUUAUAGAAAAGAAACCUGGUGGAAUCAUUGCUCUUCUCGAUGAGGCUUGUAUGUUCCCAAGAUCAACACAUGAUACACUUGCAGAAAAGCUAUACCAGACAUUUGGUAGCCACAAGCGUUUUACCAAGCCGAAAUUGGCUCGGACAGACUUUACCAUCUGCCAUUAUGCUGGUGAUGUCACUUAUCAGACUGAGCUGUUUUUAGACAAGAACAAAGAUUAUGUUGUUGGAGAACAUCAAUCUCUCAUGAACUCUUCAGAUUGUUCCUUUGUCUCAUCGUUGUUCCCAAAAUCGCGAGAGGAAUCUUCCAAAUCAUCAAAGUUCUCAUCAAUAGGCUCUCAAUUCAAGCAACAACUACAAUCUCUGCUCGAGACGUUGAACACCACAGAGCCACACUACAUACGUUGUGUUAAGCCAAAUAACGUUCUUAAGCCAGAAAUAUUUGAGAACGUUAAUGUUCUGCAUCAACUUAGGUGUGGGGGGGUCAUGGAAGCCAUUAGGAUUAGUUGUGCUGGAUAUCCCACUAGAAAGCCUUUCAAUGAAUUUUUAACCAGGUUCCGAAUUUUGGCCCCAGAGGCAACGGAGAGAAGCUUUGAUGAAGUUGAUGCUUGCAAAAAGCUUCUAGCAAGAGUGGACCUUAAAGGUUUUCAGAUAGGGAAGACAAAGGUGUUUCUUAGGGCAGGUCAGAUGGCAGAACUGGAUGCUCACCGAGCGGAAGUUCUUGGGCAUUCAGCAAGGAUUAUACAGAGGAAAGUCCUUACGUAUCAGUCUCGCAAAAAAUAUCUGCUGUUGCAGUCCGCUUCAACUGAAAUCCAAGCCUUUUGUAGAGGACAUAUUGCACGCGUUCAAUUUAAGGCCACGAGACGAGAAGCUGCUUCUGUGAGAAUUCAGAAGCAGGCACGGACAUAUAUAUGUCAGACAGCCUUUAAAAAGUUGUGUGUUUCAGCUAUUUCUAUUCAGACUGGGUUGCGUGUAAUGGCUGCCCGAGUUGAAAGUCAAAUCAGAAGAUGUUUGUGUCGACGGCGGUAUUUGAGAACGAGGAAAGCAGCUAUUACCACUCAAUGUGGCUGGAGAGCGAAAGUUGCACACCGAGAAUUGCGGAAGCUUAAAAUGGCUGCUAAGGAAACAGGAGCCCUUCAAGACGCUAAAACUAAGCUAGAAAAGGAAGUGGAAGAACUCACUUCAUGCUUAGAGAUUGAGAAAAAAAUGAGGAUGGAGCUUGAGGAAGCCAAAACUCAAGAAGUCGAAGAGUUGCAGUCAGCUUUAAAUGAUAUGAAACUUCAGCUAGGGGAAACUCAAGUAACCAAAAGUGAGGAGAUUUUAAAGUUGCAGUCUGCUUUACAAGACAUGCAACUAGAAUUUGAAGAACUUGCUAAGGAGUUGGAGAUGACAAAUGAUCUUGCAGCAGAAAAUGAACAGCUCAAGAAUUUGGUGAGCUCAUUGCAAAGGAAAAUUGAUGAAUCCGAGACCAAAUAUGAAGAAACAAGUAAGCUAAGUGAAGGGCGGGUAAAACAGGAGGUUCCCAUAAUUGAUCAAGGUGUAAUUAUCAAACUCGAAGCUGAAAAUCAAAAAUUGAAGGCAUUGGUCACUACAUUGGAGAAGAAAAUCGACGCAUUAGACGGAAAGCACGACGUAACAAGCUCAAACAUCUCAGAUCAGUUGAAAGAGAGUGCUACAUCUGAUUAUGAUAUGUUGAGUAAUCUUGCAGCAGAGAAUGAACGUCUCAAGGCACUUGUGAGUUCAUUAGAGAAUGAAAAUAAUGAAAACGAUGGGAAUGAAUCAUCAAACGAGCAAAAGGAAGGACCACACAUGCUCGAAGAAGAGAGAUUAGCAGAAGAUUUUUUGAUUGAUGAUGAAAUGACCAACAAGCUUGCUGCCGAAAACAAAGAUUUAUACGAUCUGGUAGAUUUGUUGGAAAAGAAAAUAGAAGAAACAGAGAAGAAGUAUGAGGAAGCAAGUAGACUUUGUGAAGAGAGGCUUAAGCAGGUUAUGGACACAGAGACAAAACUAAUCGAGUUAAAAACAUCUAUGCAAAGGCUCGAGGAAAAGGUCUCUGACAUGGAAACAGAAGACAAAAUUCUUAGGAAGCAAGUUCUAUCUAAUUCAGCUUCCCGGAAAAUGUCACCUCAGGUGUCAUUUACAAGACCACCGCCAGUGGAGAACGGACGUCAUGAGUCAUUUGCUCCUAUACCAUCAAGAAGGUUCGGGACAAUGUCUUUUAGGCGAUCUCAGAUUGAACAACAACCCCAUGAAUUUGUUGACGUCCUUCUCAAAUGUGUUUCGAAAAAUGUCGGUUUCAGCCACGGAAAGCCUGUUGCAGCAUUUACAAUAUACAAAUGUCUCAUACACUGGAAAUUAUUCGAAGCAGAGAAAACCAGUGUCUUUGACCGUAUUGUUCCUGUUUUUGGUUCUGCUAUAGAGAACCCAGAAGAUGAUAACAAUUUGGCUUAUUGGCUAACAAACACAUCUACACUCCUGUUCUUGCUUCAAAGAAGCUUGAAAUCUCAUAGUACAACCAGUGCAAGUCCAAAGAAACCUCCUCAGCCAACUUCAUUUUUUGGGAGGAUGACACAGGGUUUCCGUUCAACUUCCUCGGCCAGCCUUUCAGGUGAUGUAGUGCAACAAGUAGAUGCUCGAUAUCCUGCUUUACUUUUCAAGCAGCAGCUUACAGCCUACAUUGAAACUAUAUAUGGAAUAUUUCAAGAGAAUGUGAAGAGAGAACUCGCCCCUGUGCUUUCGUCCUGCAUUCAGGGACUGAAAGAUUCAUCAAAUGAGUCCUCUGCAGAGACUUUAUCAGCUGAGUUAUCUGAACAGAAUUCACCAGAAAAGCCAUCUGAAGAGAAUCCACCGGCAAAGCUGUCUGAAGAUAAUUCAUCAGCAAAGCCAUCUGAAGAUAAUUCACCAGCAAAGCUGUCUGAAGAUAAGUCACCAGGAAAACCAUCUGAAGAUCAUUCACCAGCAAAGCCAUUUGAAGAGAACUCACGGGCUAAGAUAUCCGAAGAGAAUCCACAGGAAAAGCUUUCUGAAGUGAAUCCACAGGCAAAGCCAUCCACAGAGAAUUCACUGGAAAAAACAUCUGAAGAGAAUUCACCCACAAAAACUUGGCAAGACGUUAUAGAUGUUUUAAAUCGGCUUCUCGGCACAUUGAAGAAAAAUUACGUUCCUCUGUUUCUUGCUCAGAAGAUUUUCAGCCAAACAUUCCAAGACAUCAAUGUUCAACUCUUUAACAGCCUUCUGCAACGUGAAUGCUGCACAUACAUCAUGGGCAAGAAGGUGAAUGUUUGGCUAAAUGAACUAGAGUCUUGGUGUAGCCAGGCAGCUGAAGAGUUUGUAGGAUCUUCAUGGGAUGAACUCAAACAUACAAGACAAGCCUUAGUGCUCUUGGUUACAGAACAGAAGUCCACUAUUAAAUAUGAUGAUCUUACAACUAACCUCUGCCCGGCUCUUAGUACUCAGCAAUUGUAUAGAAUAUGUACCCUCUGCAAAAUUGAUGAUCACGAGGAUCAGAAUGUAUCUCCAGACGUGAUUUCCAACUUGAAACUUCUAAUUACAGAUGAAGACGAAGACAGUCGUUCGUUCUUGUUAGACAAUGAUUCCAGCAUCCCCUUUGCAGCCGAUGAAAUCUCCAACUCUAUGCAAGAAAAAGACUUUACCAAUGUAAAACCAGCUGUGGAACUCGCUGAUAAUCCGAACUUCCACUUUCUGAAGGACUGAGAUUGUAUAGUAAUCCCUUGCACAGUUUUACGAUUUGUAGUAUCUUGAUCGAUUUCGUCGUCUAGGCUUUUAAUAGGGCAUGUUUUUAUUUGAUUCUUAUACGUUAAUUAUAGGGUGGUGGUAAUGUUAAAGCCAGCCAGUAUUUUACUUGUAAUGCAAGAAACUUCUCUAUGUAGAACAAAGAUUAGAAAUCAGU